UACGCUCCAGUGGUGUGUACAAUAUCUUACUGCCCAAGUAGCUCGUAUAAAGAACAUAUAUUCUAUAAUGGGAAAAUCCAAGAAAGCAAAAGCGAAAAGAGCUGAUUUCAAUAAACAAAAACUCAAAGUUGGCAAAUCGAAACAAUUGCCCAACAAUUUUACAGACACGAGUUUUCGGUCAAAAACUCUGAUUUUACCUACUCAAGCUACAAUUGAAAAAGAAGAAUUCACUCAUGAUGCCAGAGACCGUGCUCAGUUCUCUCACUUAGUUGGGAUGUUGAAACAUCAUAACGCAUCUCAGAGACAAGAAUCCUUGGAUAAACUAUCUCAUUAUGUGUUAUCACAUCCUGGAUUAUUGACAACGUCUACUUCGUUGCUAGCAAAGGUUACGUCUCCGCUUAUCCUUGACGAGUCGGCUCAAGUACGAGAAAGUCUGUAUCAGUUUUUUAUAAAAGUCAUGUUUACCAUUGAUCCCAACCUUUUGGAGCCCAAUGUUGGUAUUAUGUUUUUGUAUACCCACUCAGGAAUGACUCAUAUUACUCCUUCUAUCAGAAAUGAUUCUACUCGGUAUCUAUCAAUAAUCUUAAAAGCUUGCAGGAACAAAUUGAGCUCUUCUAUAAUUUCCUCUCACUGGAAAAAGACUUUGGAGUGCUUUUCUAGUUUACUUGGUUGGAGUACUGAUUCAGCAUCAGUAAAAAGAACGUCUGUUUUUUCGAAGAAAUCUACUUCUAAUCUAAUUCGUCACAUAAGUGUUUGCAAUGAAUUUUUGCACUUGGGGAUUGAUCCGAGUUGGCAAUCAAAAACUACCCGAUCUGCUAUUCACUUGGACUAUCCUUAUAUGGAACAAAAUAUAGUUGUACACCCGCUGUAUGACCAAUUACGAACACCGAGUUCGUUUUCAUAUCUUUCACUGUUUAGUGCUGGCAAACAUGAUCUUGUUGAUAACCCUCAAUUUCGAUUUCAAAAUAUGCUGCCUUUUAUUCCUGGACUAAUAGAUUUCGUUAGGGAUGCGUGGACCGACGCGUGUCCUAUAGUUAAAGAUUUUCGAGUAGGUUCAGGUUCUUCAAAAAUCUGCCAGUCGGUAAUAUCUAUCUUAGACGUUCUAGCAGAUUAUAUACUCGCGUCUUCUUUUGAAGAAUAUAACUUGAAGAAGAAAUUUUUGAAAGUAUUUGAGAAGAUUGAUCGUGAAUCAGGCUUACUGGAAGCUAAUUUUGCGGCAGAACAAGAAUGGAAAAGCAUCAUUAAUCAGUUUGAGCGUUUAAAAAAGAAGGUCGAUGAUUUGGAAGAAGAAUGAGUGAGGUAUGGUUAUUUCUUUUUUCAUUAGUACUGUUUAUUUAAUAAGAAUAUGGGCUAUCGGU